UCAUAUACUCUAUGUUGAUGACACAGUUAUCUUCUGUGAGCCACAAGUGGAACAAAUAAGGUUCAUCAAAUUAAUUUUAUUAUUUUUUGAAGCUUCUACAGGUCUUAAAAUCAACUGGGGAAAGAGUAGUCUUUUCCUUUUCAAUAGGUGAUAAAUAUCCAAUAACUAGCAAAUAUAUUAGGAUGCAAAGUGGAGAAAUUACCAAAACUAACUUAGGCAUGCCAUUAGGGAACAAACACAAGGAAGUGCUGAUUUGGGAUAAUAUCUUGAAGAAGACGGAAAAAAGACUUGCUAGAUGGAAGGCUCAAUACAAAUCACUUGGCGGCAGACAUAUUCAUAUUAAUUAUGUCGUAGAUUCUUUCCAAACCUAUGUUAUGACUCUUUUUCCUUUACCUGCAACAGUGGUAAAAAAAAUUGGACAAACUUAAGAGAGAUUUCUUAUGGCAUGGCUGCAAGAAAAUCAAAGGAUACAACUUGGUUAGGUGGCAAACGGUUCUACAUAGCAAAGAGAAAGGGGAGAUGGGCAUCAGGAAUCUGAGGAAGCAUAAUAACUUGAUGUUGAAAUGGUUGUGGAGAUACAAUGAGGAGAGGCAAUUCUUAUGAAAAGAGUUGAUAAAGUGCAGAUACGGGGAAGAUGGCUUUUGGUGCAGCAAUGCAAGCAACGAAGUAUAAGAAGUGGUGGUAUGGAGAACUAUAAGAAACUUGUGGCCAAAAUUGGAGUCAGAUUUGCAAAUUAGGGUGGGAGAUGGUAGGAAAACUAGGUUCUGGCUGGAUAUCUGGCUCAAACAGUUUACCUUGAAGGACCUAUUCCCUGGCCUAUUCAACAUUUAUACUAACCCUGAGGCCAAGAUUAGUGAAUGAUGGACAGAGCAUGGAUGGGACCUUUCUUUCAGAAGGUGUCUUAAUCACUGGAAAAUAGAGAGAACUGCCAAACUAUUGGAGGAUCUGUGGAGCUUUGCAGGCACCAACAAUACUCCUGAUACAGUAAAAUGGGUCCAUAGCAAGGAUGGGAUUUUCCAAGUUGGCAAGGCUUAUAGGAGGGAGGUCAAUGAACUAGGUUGUAGUAAUAAGAAAAUGUGGAAGAGAGUUUGGAGGAAUCUAGCACCUACUAAAGUCAAAUGUUUUAUUUGGUUGGUGGUUAGGAAUACAUGCAUAACACAUGAAGUUCUGAGGAGGAAAGGGAAGAUAAUUCUCCCCUGGUGUUCUCUUUGUGGAAAGACGGGGGAGACUAAUAGUCAUUGGUUUCUACACUGCCCCUUCACAUCCCAAAUUUGGUCCAUGUUUUUAAACAUAUCAGAAGUGAAAUGGACUAUGCCUGAGUACACAACAGAUUUACUGAGUUGCUGGAUCAAAAGAGGAGGGAGCAAGAAAAAGAAGAUUUGGUGGAACCUAAUUUCACAUUGCAGCUGGUGGACUGUGUGGAAGGAAAGAAAUAGCAGAAAUUUUGAAGAUAGGUCUAAUUCCACUCAUAAGAUUAAAUGGAAUUGCAUUGUAUCUUUGUUUUUUUGGAGUAAACAAUUAGGGCUAGAGGACUCUGAUCAAUUUAUAGAAUUUCUAGGAGCCCUGCAAGUAUUUUUAUUGCUCUUUUUCCUGUUUUUUUCUACCUUGAAAGGUCUCCAGCAUAUCCUUAAAUGCUGAAAAAUACAAAUUACCAAUUCUCACUAAAAAAAAUGAGUGGUGGUUACCAAUUCUUAUAGUUUAGUGUUAGAUAUUUUUGCUUAUUUUGUGGUUUGUAAUCCUCUCUCUCUCACACACACAAAAUAUAUAUAUAUAUAUACAUAGACACACACAAAGCCUAUGUAAUGAAAUAUCAAGAGAAAUAUAGAGAACUCAAAUAAGUUUCAGCUUCUUCCUUCCCAGAAGUUUUUUAUAGCAAUUUACAACUACAUUUUUUCUACUGUUUUAGCUUGUAGCCUAAGGUUCCUCUUUCCAUUCUUUUUGACAGUGAUUUCAUUGGAUAUGUUGUUGUUGUGGUUGCAUUUAGUUGCAUGAGACAGAAGUUCAAUCCAGAAGUGUGAUUCCAUUUUUUUUCUAUUUCUUGGUCUAUAAAAUCAUCACUUAAAAUGCAAAAGGAGGGAAACAAAAUGUACAUGACCUCUCUCUCUCUCUCUUUGGAAGAAUGUUAAUUGACAAACAAGAUAAUGUGAGAAAAGUUUUCAAAAAAAAACAUGCAGAGCAACAAGGUUAAAAGAAUACUAAGAAAUUAGUGGAAACAGCUAGGAAGUUGCUUUAGUCCAAGUCAAAUGUUUUUAUGAAAUCACUUGAAAGUUUCUCCACAAAAUGGAGAAACAAUAUCCUCUUCUGUUUCAACUGAAAGUUAUUUGUCAGGCACAAAAUUUAUCUACCACAUUUUCCCUCUUGAGAUAAAAAAGACAGCUUUGUUAUAAUAAGUUUGAUAUGUAUUACAUAACAAGGAUUAGAUAUUCAACUUCCUAUGUUCAUUUUUUGAUCAUAUUCAUACUUUUCUUGGAAGGAGUUUUGGUUAUUAGGGUGGAUUGUCUGAAUUUCAGCUACCCGAAUUUCAGCCACCCGAAUUUCAAGUACCCAAAAUUCUCCAGGGGGAGUGAUUUCAUUACUACCAAUCAUUCCUAUGUAGCCUUUGAUACUAUUCAAGUAACUGGCGAUGCUCGUGGUGCUUCCAUCAGCAAUUUGUCUGGAAGAAUAUGGUAUUCACAGCCUCUGACUAUAUGGAGGAAAAACCUCACAGUUUCGUUUAACUCAACAUUUGUGAUCAAUAUCACCCCUGAGAGUAAUCCAUGGGGUGAAGGAUUGGCUUUUAUAUUGUCUAAAGAAAGUGGUCCUAACUCAAUUCCAGAUAACAGUUAUGGACAAUGGCUUGGAAUUGUGAAUGCAAGUACUAAUGGAUCUUCUUCAAACAACAUCAUUGCAGUUGAAUUUGACACAAAGAAAAGUUACCUUGAGGAUCUUGAUGAUAAUCACGUUGGCAUUGACAUAAACAGCAUCAACUCUGUCAAUCAAGUCUCAUUGACUGAAAGAGGUAUAAACCUUUCACAAGCUAUUGAUGUUAUAGCAAGUGUCCAGUAUGAUGGAGAAUCCAAUUUCUUGAAGGUUUAUACAUUCAUGAGUAAUCAAACAAGAGACGAUGAGAGAAAUCCCAUCAUUUCCAUGCCUCUUGAUCUUUCAGCCCAUCUACCCGAGGAUGUUUUCGUGGGAUUUUCAGCCUCAACUGGGGUAUACACUCAGCUGAACUGCAUAAAGGCAUGGAAUUUUACAAGCACAGAAUUUAGGAAGAAUAAUAGCAAAGAUAAUAGUGUUAGCAUAUUAUGGUUGUGGAUCUUGAUACCAAUAAUAUCGGUUUUGGUUAUGUUCCUAGGUGGGGUUUUCAUAUAUUUUGCCUGGACGAGAAAAAAGACGAGGAUGCAAGUGUUAGAACAAGAUGAUAAUAUAGAUAUUCAGAUUCUGAAUUCAGCUACUGCACCUCAGAGAUUCCAGCUGAAGGACUUGAAACGAGCCACCGGGAACUUUGAUCCCACGAACAUUCUUGGUAGAGGAGGAUGUGGAGUAGUCCUCAAAGGGUUGCUAGCUGAUAAUAAAGAGGUGGCUGUGAAGAGAUUCUUUAAAGAUUCAAGACAAGGGGCAAAAGAUCUCAGCAGAAGUCACAACCAUAUAGCAGAAGUCACAACCAUAGGCAAUCUCCACCACAAGAACCUUGUCAAAUUGAUUGGAUGGUGUUAUGAGAGCAAUGAACUCCUAGUGGUCUAUGAGUUCAUGCCAAAUGGGAGCUUAGACAAGUUGAUAUUUUGCGAAGAAAACGGAGAAAUCAGAGAAGGGUUGAGUCUGAAUUGGGAAAUAAGGCAUGGCAUCAUCUGUGGCAUUGCUGAAGCAUUGGAUUAUCUACACAAUGGGUGUCAGAAAAGAGUACUUCACAGAGACAUAAAAGCCAGCAACAUCAUGCUUGACUCGGAACUCAAUGCUCGGCUUGGAGAUUUCGGAUUAGCUAGGACAGUUCAAGUGAAUGGAAAGACUCACCAUUCAACAAAAGAGAUUGCUGGAACUAUAGGCUAUAUGGCACCAGAGAGUUUCCUUAUAGGCCGAGCCACAGUUGAAACAGACGUCUUUGCCUUUGGAGUACUCAUUCUUGAAGUUGCUUGUGGUCGAAAACCUGGAAAACAAUAUGAAGAGAAUAUUUACAGUAACAGAGUCAUUGAAUAUGUAUGGGACAUGUACAAGACUGGGAAGAUCAUUGAUGCUAUAGAUGUCAGAUUGGAUAGAGUUGAUGAAGAGCAAGCCGAAUGUGUGUUAAUAUUAGGAUUGGCUUGCUGCCAUCCAAAUCCUUAUGAAAGGCCCAGCAUGAAAACUGCAUUACAGAUUCUUACAGGGGAAUCGGUUCUGCCAAAUAUCCCCACUGAGAAACCUGUUUUUGUAUGGCCAGCUAGAGCUCCAUCGACUAACGAAGCUUAUGGUGACUCUCUCCAGGAAAGCCAACUUACACCAAUUACAGUGCUCACUGGCAGAUGACUGCUCAGUUUGAGGAACCUCAACAAGGUUCACAAAAACUACUGUUCAUUAUCGAACUUAGUGCUUUGUCAAAUAAGCCAACUCUUUAGGAGGCAAAUGAUACUUGUAAAUUCGCAUAUGCAUGGCAAGAAUGUCUCAAUUUUUUCCUUUUUGUGUAUGUGGUGGGGGAGGGAGGUUCCUUCUUCAGUGUGUUUUUCUGCAUUGAAAAAAAGUUUCUAUUCAAGACAAAUUCCAUAAUCAACUUUUUCCACAGUACAUAAUGCCAUAAUCAAUUUUACAAGUAAAAACUGGAAACAAAGCAGCAGCAUUGAAACAAAGGUGGAGCUACAUGAAUUACUCCCUACAAAGAAUAAAUGUUCUACCCGAACCACAAAGAAGUUGUGAAAAUUUCACUAUCAAUCACUAGAUGAUCCAUCAUCAUUUUCAUGCUCAUCCACAACCUUCUCGAGGAAACUCUUCCGCGUUCCAUGAAGAACAGCUUCUCUGGAUUGUUCAUGCCUGCUACGUCCAUCGCUAAGUACAGGAUCACACUGGCAAAGUAACACCUAAAAUUAAACUAAACUUCACUACGCUCAUAACAAAAGACAGAUAACUUUAAGCAGCAUAUACAUGCAUGCUGAUUUUCAUGUUCUUUUGCUCAGCCCGUUACAUUUUUCUUAUGCUGAAACUCAAAGCAUUGACCCCUCUUGCCUCAUAUAUUCUCUUCCAUAUUUAUUAAAGAUUUCUUCCGUUACUCCUGAUAGUCGAUGGGGCCAUUUCCUUAGCCAAAGUUGCUGACAUAGAUCGAAAUCUCGGGGAUGAGAAGGAUUUCAAGAAGGCAUAAAGUUGCUGCAAUCCCUUAAAUUAAAACCAGAAGAAGUUAGACUUGAACAACGGCGGCUAUAAGUGCUUGAGUUCCUCAACAGCCAACUUGAAAAGAAACAAACUUGAUUAAGCUGCCUUGUGAAGUCUUUUCCGACAUGGUAAAGGAGGCAUAAGGACAACGUGUGUUAUCAUAUAGUUUGAUGUAAACACUAGAUGCUAGGUUUAAACGCAACCCGAGAUAAAUUUCUGUGUAAAUGCAGUAGAAAUAAGUGAUAGAUUUUCCAAGUAAUAUGUCUAUUGUUGGGUACUAUGUAGUUUUGAUGAUUGACAAACUGACACAUGAAUGAAACAUGUUACUUGAGUUGGUCCACGCAUAGGAAAGCAGAUUUCCAGUUUCACUGAUAGAUGCAGACAAGAUUGCUUAAAGACAAGAACGAAUAAGCAAGCCUAAUUCUGAUAUACUCAAGGUACUGAUCAUGUGGGGAAUAUAAC